AAUUCCGACUAGAAAUGAUAAUAGAUAUAUAGUUCUUUAGCUUAUCUGUAUUUUGUUUCAAUAAUUCGACGAUAGUUUUUAAUGUAUGGUUUAUGUUUGUGGAGAAGACGGAUCGAAUGGGUUGUAAGAGUGUGCAGCUACGCCUUUGAACUUUUAAAAAUUGCACUGAUACCUUGCAUUCUUACCGCUCUUAUUUUAUAUUUUGCACCCUAAAAUGCGAAACUAGUGUAAUAAUUUUAUUCCACAUUUCUCUCUAAACCUAAUUUCUUUCAUCUCCGGCAUUCCCACCGCGAGGCCAUACAUGCUCUACCCCUGUUCACAGCUUUCGCAGUCUUGUUCGCGUCCACAACCUCCACGCCGCCCUCCUCCGUCAAGCUGCGCCAUCAGUGGCGUUUUCCUGCCUCCAAGGCUCUAAUUGUGUAUAUUGGUUUAAAUCUGAGAGUAGAUCUCCUAAAAGGUACAGUGUAGUGCUUAAUUUUCCAUAGUCACGUGUUGAAUUUGCUCUUACCACGCAAAAAAAUGCCAAGGCGUAAAGUCAGAAAAACUGUUAAAGCAACCGAAUUGGUGCCUCAACCCAAGGAGUCUCAAAUUCCGACGCAGCAACCUCACUUCAUGGACCAUGAAAUCGAAGCAAUGGAACGACAAAUCAGUGCAAUUAAGGCAGUUCGGGAGGUUAAAACUGAACACUUGUUGACGGAGUUGAGAUUGUUUCGCUCGUGUUUUAGUGAGGAACAACUUCAGAAACCCGUGAUAGAGGUUUUUAAAGAAACUCUUCCAAAUCUGUCCAUUGUGAAUGAUAAAAGGGGUAACAAAUUUGAAGUAAAAUGGAAAGAUAAAGAAGAGUCUAUGAAUGUGAACAUGAACUGUGGAGAUUUGCAUGCUUCAUUGCUGCAAAGGUUGUCCAUGGCUUACCCUCACUGCUCCUCUUCAAUUGCUCCUUUUGCUGGUGCCUUUGAAUAUUCUUCCAAUGCAGCAGGGAUAGGAAGCUUUGUUGGUGCUGAUAAUCUGCAUUCGAAGGAUUUUGUGUUUGAGGAGCCAUCUGAAACUCAGACUUUAGCAAUGCAAGAAGGUCUUCAGACUCCCGGUGUAAAUAGUCAGAGGUUGUCUGUUGGGAUGACGCCCAAAACACUUCGGCUUCCCAAGCCUGGCGAGAUACUUCUUUCUGUCCAUGGAUCACCCCUAGGUGUUUUCAAGGACAAUAACAUGGAAGCUAUAUAUGAGUCAGAGGAGGGUUGAAUUCUAGUUAAAUCUCUUGCUGUUCAAGAUCAAGCUUUUCAAAAUGCAUGACCAAUACAAUUUCAAUAGUCACUCAAGGCGAUAUUUGUGUCAUGAUUAGUAGUCUCUUUGCUCAGUAUUCAUUUUUCAUCCAGGGUUCCAGUUUUCUUGUGUUUUCCUCUUUCACAGCCAACUAGAUCAAAUUGAUUUGGCCUCCCAGCUCUCAAAUUUUGGAACGAGAUGCAACUGGAAAGAAACCAACAGUUAUCUGACUACUUGUAUAUUACAUGGCUAGUAUGGCUGACACUUAUUACUUAUACCCCAAUGUUAUAUGUUUUGUUUUGUGUUGUAUUUCCUUGGUUACACUUUGUUUGGAUGCGUAAAAGAAACAGAGAAGAGAGGGAUAAAAGAGAAAUAGAAUGAAAUUCUGUAUUAUUUGGAUGUAGAGUGUUCCGUACACAAUUGAUUUUCCUUGGUUAUCUUAAUUAAGACAGAUAUAUAUAUAUUGUACAA